CGGGCUGCGAGCGCCCGCGUCCGCGUCCCUGGACCGCAGCGGGUUAAGCGCCGCCCGCGGCGAGAGGGCUGCACCCGGAGCCGCGGCUCCGAGCUCGCAUUCGGAUCCGCUAGGGCAGGAAGAUGGCGACGGACGGCGCGAGCUGCGAGCCCGACUUCUCCUGCGCCCCCGAGGACGCGGCGGGGGCCACGGCGGAGGCGGCGAAAAAAGAGUUUGAUGUGGACACCCUCAGUAAAUCAGAGCUUCGGAUGCUCCUCAGCGUGAUGGAAGGGGAGCUCGAGGCUAGAGACCUUGUCAUCGAGGCCCUGCGGGCUCGCAGGAAGGAGGUAUUUAUUCAGGAACGGUAUGGGAGAUUUAAUUUAAACGACCCGUUCUUGGCACUGCAGAGAGACUAUGAAGCAGGUGCCGGCGAUAAAGAGAAGAAGCCAGUCUGUACCAACCCCCUCUCCAUCCUUGAGGCAGUCAUGGCCCACUGCAGAAAAAUGCAAGAAAGGAUGUCCACACAGCUGGCUGCUGCUGAGAGCAGACAAAAGAAGCUGGAGAUGGAAAAGCUUCAGCUACAAGCCCUUGAGCAAGAGCAUAAGAAGCUGGCCUCCCGCCUGGAGGAGGAGCGUGGCAAGAACAAGCACGUGGUCCUAAUGCUCGUCAAGGAGUGCAAACAGCUCUCGGGCAAAGUCAUAGAGGAGGCCCAGAAGCUAGAAGACAUAAUGGCCAAACUGGAAGAGGAAAAGAAAAAGACGAGCGCAUUAGAAGAGGAACUUUCUGCUGAGAAACGAAGAAGCACAGAAAUGGAGGCUCAGAUGGAAAAACAGCUCUCUGAGUUUGACACUGAACGGGAACAGCUUCGUGCCAAGCUACACCGAGAAGAAGCACACACCACUGACCUCAAAGAGGAGAUAGACAAGAUGAAGAAAAUGAUUGAGCAACUGAAAAGGGGAAAUGACAGCAAACCAAGCCUCUCUCUCCCCCGGAAGACCAAAGAUAGGCGUUUGGUCUCCAUAUCUGUGGGAACAGAAGGACCUCUGACAAGGUCUGUUGCUUGUCAGACAGACCUAGUGAUGGAAAGCACUGACCACAUGAAGAAGUUGCCUUUGACCGUGCCUGUUAAGCCUUCCACAGGGAGCCCUCUAGUUUCUGCAAAUGCAAAAGGGAAUGUGUGCACCAAUGCCGCAUUGGUCAGACCAGGUAUUGACAGGCAGGCUUCCCAUGGUGACUUGAUUGGCUCCUCUCUGCCCACUGUCCCACCUCCAAGUGCAAACAGAAUUGAGGAAAAUGGACCGAGCACUGGCUCAACAGCAGAUUUAACAAGUAGCACACCCGCACUUCCCAAUAAUGCUGCCCCUCCCAUCCUGCAAACGCCAGGCAUAGCUCCCCAGAGCUACUCGCAAGCUCCACCUGUGCACAGUUUACAUUCACCAUGUGCCAAUGCGUCAUUGCAUCCAGGUCUAAACCCACGAAUCCAAGCAGCUAGAUUUAGAUUUCAGGGCAAUGCUAAUGACCCAGACCAAAAUGGAAAUACUACCCAAAGUCCUCCAUCAAGAGAUGUCUCUCCUACAAGUCGUGACAACCUAGUGGCCAAACAACUAGCUCGGAAUACAGUGACCCAAGCACUGUCAAGAUUUACAAGCCCUCAAGCGGGAGCACCCCCAAGGCCUGGAGUGCCCCCCACAGGGGACGUUGGCACCUACCCUCCGGUCGGUCGGACCAGUUUAAAGACUCCCGGUGUAGCUCGAGUUGACAGAGGAAACCCUCCUCCCAUCCCUCCAAAAAAGCCAGGGCUCUCCCAAACUCCUUCUCCACCACACCCCCAGCUCAAGGUUAUUAUGGAUAGCAGCAGGGCCUCCAAUGCAGGGGCCAAAGUUGAUAACAAAACUGUGGCUUCGCCUCCUUCCGGUUUGCCACAAGGGAACAGGGUAAUAAAUGAGGAGAAUCUCCCUAAGUCAUCCUCCCCUCAGCUGCCACCAAAACCAUCCAUAGAUUUAACUGUGGCACCGGCAGGCUGUGCCGUUUCAGCCCUGGCCACGUCUCAGGUGGGUGCCUGGCCUGCUGAAACCCCUGGACUGAACCAACCUGCAUGUUCAGAAAGUUCCCUUGUCAUUCCCACCACCAUUGCCUUUUGCUCUUCCGUAAACCCUGUUAGUGCCUCAUCCUGUAGAACAGGUGCCUCAGACAGCCUCCUGGUAACAGCAUCAGGCUGGUCACCCUCCCUAACCCCUUUGCUAAUGAGUGGUGGUCCUGCCCCCCUGGCUGGCAGGCCCACCCUUCUUCAGCAAGCUGCUGCCCAGGGAAAUGUCACUUUAUUAUCAAUGCUGCUUAGUGAAGAAGGACUGGAUAUUAAUUACUCCUGUGAAGAUGGCCAUUCUGCCUUGUAUUCUGCUGCUAAGAAUGGACAUACAGAUUGUGUGAGAUUGCUGCUGAAUGCAGAAGCCCAAGUCAAUGCUGCUGAUAAAAAUGGCUUCACACCCUUGUGUGCUGCAGUUGCUCAGGGACAUUUCAAGUGUGUACAAUUAUUAAUUGCAUAUGAUGCUAACAUUAAUCAUGCUGCUGACGGAGGACAGACACCUCUAUACCUGGCCUGUAAAAAUGGAAAUAAAGAAUGUAUUAAACUCUUGUUGGAAGCUGGAAGUGACCGAAGUGUCAAAACCAGAGAUGGCUGGACACCAGUUCACGCAGCUGUGGAUACUGGUAAUGUGGACAGCCUUAAGCUUCUUAUGUACCAUAGAGCACCAGCUCGCGGAAACUCUUUGCAUGAGGAGCAGCCGGAGUCAGGCAUCUUUGACUUGGACCAUCAAGGAGAAGAGAGUCCUGAAGGCAUAUUCAAGCCUGUGGUUCCUGCAGACCUCAUUAACCACGCUGACAGAGAAGGCUGGACUGCUGCCCAUAUUGCUGCCUCAAAGGGUUUUAAGAAUUGCCUAGAAAUCUUGUGCAGGCACGGAGGGCUUGAGCCAGAAAGGAGAGAUAAGUGCAAUCGGACUGCGCACGAUGUUGCCACUGAUGACUGCAAGCAUCUGCUAGAGAAUCUGAAUGCUCUUAAAAUACCCUUAAGGAUUUCAGUGGGUGAGGUUCAACCAGGCAACUAUGGUCCUGAUGACUUUGAAUGUGAAAACACAAUAUGUGCUUUAAAUAUCCGCAAACAGACAUCAUGGGAUGAUUUCUCAAAAGCAGUGAGUCAAGCUCUGACAAAUCAUUUCCAAGCCAUCUCUUCUGAUGGGUGGUGGAGUCUGGAAGAUGUGACGUUUAAUAGCACCACUGACUCCAGCAUUGGCCUCGGUGCAAGCAGUGUGCGAUCCAUCACACUAGGAAACGUGCCGUGGUCAGCAGGUCAGAGUUUCACCCAGUCCCCGUGGGACUUCAUGAGGAAAAAUAAAGCAGAGCAGAUCACUGUGCUUUUGUCAGGUCCUCAAGAAGGCUGCCUCAGUAGUGUGACUUACGCAUCUAUGAUCCCUCUUCAGAUGCUGCAGAACUACCUCAGGCUGGUCGAGCAAUAUCAUAAUGUCAUUUUCCACGGCCCAGAAGGAAGCUUGCAAGACUACAUAGCACAUCAGCUCGCACUCUGCAUGAAGCACAGACAAAUGGCUGCGGGAUUCUCCUGUGAAAUAGUGAGAGCCGAAGUGGAUGCUGGUUUCUCCAAGGAACAGCUGGUAGACCUGUUCAUCAGUAGCGCAUGUCUGAUCCCAGUGAAACAAUCUCCUGUUAACAAGAAAAUCAUCAUCAUCUUAGAGAAUCUGGAAAAAUCUUCAUUAUCUGAGUUAUUGGGGGACUUUCUGGCACCUCUGGAAAAUCGCAGCACUGAAAGCCCCUGUACUUUUCAAAAAGGAAACGGAAUGUCUGAAUGUUAUUAUUUUCAUGAGAACUGCUUUCUUAUGGGAACCAUUGCCAAGGCCUGUCUCCAGGGCUCCGACUUGCUGGUGCAGCAGCAUUUCCGCUGGGUUCAACUGCGGUGGGACGGCGAGCCCAUGCAGGGACUGCUGCAGAGGUUCUUAAGGAGGAAAGUUGUGAAUAAGUUCAGAGGUCAGGUGCCCUCUCCCUGUGAUCCCGUGUGCAAGACAGUCGACUGGGCCCUGGCCGUCUGGCGCCAGCUGAACUCCUGCCUGGCCCGCUUGGGCACACCUGAAGCACUUCUCGGGCCAAAGUAUUUCCUGUCUUGUCCUGUAAUCCCGGGGCAUGCCCAAGUGACAGUGAAGUGGAUGUCUAAGUUGUGGAAUGCCGUCAUUGCACCCAGAGUUCAAGAAGCAAUAUUGUCAAGAGCCUCUGUGAAAAGACAACCUGGCCUUGGGCAAACAAGUGCUGAAAAACACCGUAGCCAAGGGCAGCAGGCUGUGGUUAAAGCUGCUCUCAGCAUCUUGCUUAAUAAAGCUGUUCUGCAUGGCUGUCCCCUCCAGAGAGCAGAGCUGGACCAGCAUACAGCUGAUUUCAAAGGAGGAAGUUUCCCUUUAUCCAUAGUUUCAAGUUACAACAGUUGCAGCAAGAAGAAAGGAGAGAGUGGUGCCUGGAGAAAGGUGAGCACCAGUCCUCGCAAGAAGUCUGGCCGUUUCUCUUCACCCACCUGGAAUAAGCCGGACCUGAGCGAGGAAGGUAUCAAAAAUAAGACUAUAUCACAGCUGAAUUUUAACAGAAAUGCUUCUCUGUCAAAACAAAAGUCUUUAGAGAAUGAUCUGUCAUUGAUGUUGAAUUUGGAUCAAAGAUUCUCUCUGGGUUCAGAUGAUGAAGCAGACCUUGUCAAAGAACUUCAGAGUAUGUGCUCCAGCAAAUCUGAAUCUGAUAUAAGCAAGAUUGCUGAUUCCAGGGACGAUUUAAGGAGGUUUGAUAGUUCAGGAAACAACCCUGCAUUAUCAGCAACUGUUAAUAAUCCAAGAAUGCCAGUGUCACAAAAGGAGGUCAGUCCUCUCAGCAGCCAUCAAACUACCGAAUGCAGCAACAGUAAAUCAAAGACUGAGUUGGGUGUUUCAAGAGUUAAAUCUUUUCUUCCUGUUCCUAGAAGUAAAGUCACCCCGUGUUCCCAGAACACCAAAAGAAGCAGCAGCAGCAGUAAUACAAGGCAAAUAGAAAUAAACAACAACUCAAAAGAAGAGAUUUGGAACUUACGCAAAAACGAACAAGUAGAAAAACCUAACAAAUAGGCCUGCCUACAAUAUUCUCACUCUUAACCUCUGUAUAUUUCACACAGAAACCAAGGACAACAAGAUGUAAAUACCUUUAAAUGAAUAAAAUGUUUUCAUUGUAAUAUAAAGUAUGAGUGCGGGACCACUAUUCAAUUUUUUGUAAAGAAUGUAUUUAUAACAUUUUGUUGCUUUUUUUUUUUCCAAUUCUGUCAGAUUAAGCUUCAAUACCAAGAAGUUAUGCCAACUUUUCAAGUAGUUUUAUAAUAGAAAAAUUGUAAUAGUUUUAAUCAAGAUGUUCAGGGGUAUUAAAACGGAACUGUCUGCGUACUGUAUAUCUAUAUAUAUAUAUGUAUAUAUGUAUAUUUAAGAAAGUUCAUGAAUCAUAUUACAUACUACAUGUUACAAAAAUGUGUACAACAUUGGCUUGGAUAACAUGUACCAUUUUAAAUGGAGAUCAUAAUUUUAUGUCAUCUGAUGAGGAAUGACUAGAAUGGGGCAAUAACAAAUCUCUAAACAGUUACUUUCCAUGAAAAGCCAUAUUAAGUAUUUUGCCUGUUAAAUUCUAGUUUUACAUUUUAAAUCUUUUAACGGUUACAUUGCUGAUUGCAUCAUGUAUAUUUAUGCUUAUGAGUUUGCAUUAUGACUCCUGUAAAAUAUGAAAUUAUAUAAUGCAAUAAAAGUGUUAUCUUUCUUACAUAAGUUUUGUACCUAAGUGGAUAUAAAAUAACUGUAAAUGCUUCAAUAAAUUAAUUCAGAAUUAACUUCCUCUUCAAUUUAAUUCUAGUAGCACAACUGAUAAAACUGCUAUUUUCUAGAAUUGUUUCUUCUAAAAUUACUAAUGAAAUUACUCUUACUAAUACAACUCAAAGUUAAGAUGCUUUGACGCCAAAUAAAAUAUUGAAUUAGUGAAA